GAUGGCGAGCGGUGUCCCCGAAAUCCACUUCUACGAGAACGAGCUCAACAUCCGUCGGGCGAUUGAGCAGUUUGAUUUGCAGAACUUGGACCCGGCCCUCAAUAUCUGCGAUCUUUCCAGCUUGGAGCGAAAACUUCGCCUCUGGCAGAAACUGCUGCCCAGGAUUAAGCCCCACUACGCCGUCAAGUGCAAUGACGAUCCGGUUGUGGUCAAGUUUCUGGCGGAUCUUGGUACUGGAUUCGACUGCGCCUCCAAAAACGAACUCAAAUUGGUUCUUGGCUUGGGCGUUUCACCUGAGCGCAUUAUCUUUGCACAUCCUUGUCGUCCAGUCAGCCACUUGAAGUACGCUAAGGAGCAGAUGGUGGUCAAUGGCACGGUGGACAAUGAGUACGAGGUUUACAAGCUCCAUAAGCACUAUCCCAACUCCAAUCUGAUUGUAAGAUUCAAAAGUGCGGCCAAGGAGGCACUGUGUCCCUUAAGAGACAAGUAUGGAUGCGAUGCGGAGACGGAUGCCGCUGCCCUACUGCUCCUGGCCAAGGCCUUGGAUCUGAAGGUUACUGGCACCAGUUUCCAUGUGGGUUCCGGAUGCAGCGAGGUGGAGGCCUACGACCGGGCCAUCGAAAAGGCCGAGAACAUCUUCAAGUGCGGCGAGCUUAUUGGUCAUGACAUGGAUUUAAUGGACAUUGGCGGUGGUUUUCCCGGCACCGAUGAUGCACUGUUCGAGAAUAUUGCUGACGCUGUAAACACCUCGCUGCAGCUCCGUUUCCCCGAUGAGCGGGUCCAAAUAAUAGCCGAACCAGGACGUUUCUUUGUGGAGACUGCUUACACUUUGAUCUGUAAGAUCCAUGCCAAGCGGGAGGUCCGAAAUAAAGCUGGGAAGUUGGACACAUUAAUGUAUUUUAUAAAUGCUGGCAUUUUCGGAGCCUUUGCCGACUAUUUUUACUACCCUGAGGAGGUGAACCCCGAACUUUACCUGGAAGACGCUGAAACCUUGCCAAAGUUUAAGUCUGUAAUUUGGGGGCCCAGCUGCGAUUCCCUAGAUAAGAUAUCCGGAGAAUUUCUCUUGCCCAAUUUGAACGUUGGCGAUCUUUUAGGAUUUCGCAAUAUGGGAGCCUACAAAAUGCCCAUUGCCAGUCCUUUCAAUGGAUUUGAGGUACCUGAGACAAGGUUCUUUCGAAAAAAGUGACUUAACCACAUUUGAACGAAAGAAAAACUAUUGAUUUUUACCAAUAAAGUUA